AUGUCAUAUUCACCAAAUAGUAAACCAAAUAAAAGCAAUAACCAAGAACAAGAAGAAAAACUAGUUGGUAAAGGCAAACAAAAAGCUACUUCUUCUACAAGUAAAAACAACAAGGUAAAAAAUAGCAUGAUAUGUGCAAUGAUAAAUACAGAAAACAACAAACAAACAGAUACAGAACAUGUGCAUAUUAUACAUAAUAUAAUUGAUACACAAGACAAUAUUAUCAAUAGUACAACAUCAGAUGAUAUAAAUAACAAACUAGCUAAUAACAAAUCCAUACAUUGUCAGAUUUAUUCUCAAACCUAA